AUGUCGCUAUGGCCCCUUGGAGAGACGUUAAGUCAUUCUGGAGUAGAUUCGAUACUUGACGAGUACUAUCUGAUAUUUCGUAGUGUGAAGUGCAAUACGGCGUCCCCGAUUGAUGAUUGCAAGAGUAAGCCCCUCACGGAGCCUGAGUCGGAGUUUGGUGCCGAACCUCGAGAUAGAAGUGACCUUAAUCAGUCAUUCAUCGAUAGGAUCCUGUUGGAAACAGCUUUGCUGGAUGAACUGGAUGAAGGGGCCAAUGACAGACUUGUGGACUUUAUUUGCCUGGGAUACUUCUUUGACGACCGGGCCCAGCAGGUCAACCAUAUGAACUAUUUGGUGGACAUGCUAAUGGCCUACUUGAAGGACAUAGACCGCACUGGUUAUAGAACGUCAUUCCUUUUGGAAAGCUCCUUUCAUCAAACGGGAGAAUAUAAUGAUCAGGAUGAUGAAGAUCCAAUGCUAUACGUUAACAUCAUUUCUAGCAUUUUUUGCUCGAAGAGUAAACUCAUAACGGAGUCUCUGGCGCAAAGUUUACCAUUUUUGUCAUCCUUGUUGGAGAUUUUGCAGUUUAAAAAUAUCAGGACAGAAAAUUGCCCCAUCUUAGCCGUUUUUUUGAAGAUCAAUGAAAGCCUUCUAUUUGAACAAACAUCUAAAUAUUUGAAUUUUUUCAAAUCGCAAAUGGACAUUGUGGACAACUUCUUGAACCAUAUCGAAGUUUCGCCCUUGAUUGAAUUUCUCAUCAAGGUAGUGCUAACUGAUCAAACUGAGUCGCCCACUGGAAUUAUUGAAUUCUUGCAUGAGCAAAACCUGAUACCCAAAUGUUUGAAUUUUUUGGACAAUAGCAUGUAUUCACCUGGUAUUCAAAAUAGUAGUGGGGAGCUUCUGAAAGCUUUGAUCAGCAUUUCUACCAAUUUUAAGCUGGAUACGUUAUGGAUUGGGCCUAAUCUGCUGAUAAGACAGCUUGCCUCUCCACAAUACGUCGACCAACUCAUUGAUAUUGUGUUACUCCAAAGGGGGCAUGCAAUGGGCGUUGCCGUAUCUAUUAUAAUUGAAUUGAUCAGGAAAAAUAACUCCGACUACGACGCGAUAGAUCUGUUGGAUACUACUAUAGUAAACAAUCCACCGUCACAGAGGGACCCAAUUUACUUGGGCCAUUUGUUGUAUAGGCUCACAAUGCAUAUGGAGGAUUUUUAUGCACUCUUGAUUAUACUGGAUAAUAAUGAUGAUGAUGAUGAUGAUGGUGAUGAUGAUGAUGAUGAUGAUGAUGAUGAUGAUAACACUAACAUAAAAGGUCCCGCAUCUGGUAACCACCAUCUCUUGGAAAACCAGUUGCAUGAAUCAUUUAAGCCAUUAGGUUUAGAGAGGGUCAAGAUUACAGAAUUAAUAUCUGAAAUGUUGCACUGUUCAAAUAUGGGGUUGAUGAAUUCAAAAAGAGCUGAAAAAAUAGCAUGUGCUCGUGAUAAAUGCAGGGAAGCUCUCGGCCAUGACUUAUUGGAGGAAGCUAUGGACAAUUUAAGCAUCAAUGGAAAAAUCCUUUCUUCCACAACACUAAAUGAUGAAUGUAGUAAUGAUAGCAACGACAGAAAUGACAAUCGAAUAAAAAAGCGAAAAUCAAAAAAAAGGUUUAAUGAUAAUGAAUUGUAUUCUACUUUUGACACAUUUGAUGACGACAGCAAUGAUGAUAUGAGUUUUGAGAUUCCUUACGUCAGUGAAGCGCAAAAUUUGAAACUGCGUAAAAAUCCCACAAUUGGGGAUUUGUUCAAAAUUAAACUUCAUGACCUUGGGUUUCUGCCCAAAUUUUUACUAUUAUUUUUAAGAUAUCCCUGGAAUAACUUCUGGCAUAACAUCGUAUUUGAUAUCAUUCAACAGAUCUUUAAUGGCCGGAUGGAUUUUUCUUAUACUUCGUUUUUAGUUUAUUCAUUGUUUGAUUUCAAUAAAUCUAGGAGAUUUAUCCCGAAGAACUUCAACGGCAAUAAUCAAAAGUGCCCUGCUACAAAUUUUCACAUUAUCUCUGAUUUCAUUUUACAAGGUCACAAGGACUCGUUUGAUUUUUACGAAAGAGAGGAAACGAACCUGGGGUAUAUGGGCCAAUUAGUAUUAAUUGCAGAAGAGGUUGCCAAGUAUUCGAAAAUGUAUAGGACGGAUUUAAUUGCCCCAGAUAUAUGUGCAUUCCUACAAGAUGAAGUUUGGAUGUCGUACUCAAAUGAAAUCUUGAAUGAAACAAGAACAAUGUGUUCAAUAAUUCUUGGAGGGGGCCAGUUCAUGGCUGAAGACAAUAAGAAUAAUAAUCUGGAGCUUUCGGAAGGACCUGAUAUGAAUCAAGAAACUUCUGCUUCGAGCACCAUGGUUGAGAAUGAAACUGCUCAUGACGAAAAUGGUCUAUUACGAGAUAAAGUUGUUGAGCUCAUAGAGGAAUUGGGUCACUUGACCGAAUCCGAUAUUCAUGAUAAGAUCAAAGACGUUAUUGUUGACCAUCAAUCCGAGCUAGUCAACUAG